AAAACGUUGGAGUUGGAGGCUGGAGGGCCCUGGACGGACGAGACCCGACCGCACGCGCUGGACUCUUCCGAGCCCGGUUGCCGUACGACGCGCCGCCGGGUGCACUGCAUACCGCAAGGACACGUGCCUCUAAAGUGCCCCAACAUACGCGCGCCCCCGCAGCCCUGCCGACUCCGCCGUCGCCUCACCCGACAGGCUGUAGCUGCCGGCGUGCGGAUCCGCCGUUUCUCGUCACUGCCGGCGAAGCCCGCUGCCAAGUGGACACCUCACCGUCGUCUUCCCGUGGCUGCAAUUUGCCUGCCAGAAAGAAAAAAAAUGGCGAGAAGCAUUGAUUCGGAUUAUAUUGACUUCUCACAUAUGGGUGGAUUCAACAUGGGCAUCGAUUUUGAUGGAUUCGAGGAAAAUGUGAGAAAGUUCAUGGAGCUCCCUAUCAAGUAUCUGGAUUCAGCUCAUGAUAAGGCUGUUGAGUUCAUUGAAGAUGUCCAGGCAAUAAUUUUUGCCCCCUUUACUGAUGAUGAGGUGCCAAAUGAGGAGGAUCAAUCUAUUAGCAAUGUCAUCACUGAACCUUUGGCAGCAUCAGUUGAGACACCGCUUUUUGGACCAAAUACUGAAGCCUCUACUCCUGCAUCUCUCAUAACGGUGGAAAACAGAUCUACUGGCUGUGUAGAUACUGAUGCUCAUGGAACUGAAUCAUUUUCAAGUAAAAGUACAGGUUUGUCCUUGAGGAAUCAUGUGUACCCAGAAAAUACUUCUUCUGAAGGAGGUCGCAUUGAAGCAAAUGAUCUGCGUCUUCUGCCAGAGGCAGAGGACACCUCACCAAGUGGAAUAUGUGACAGCUCUGAGGAAGUAAUUCUAUGGAAUCCAGAGACUUCUGUAAAACCUCAUGCUCUGGAAACAGAUCAAGUGGCAGAGCAAGCCGGACACUGUUCUGGACAUUCAGAUUCUUCCGUUUUUUAUAGAGAAAUUCCGCUAGAAAAUUUUAGGGCAGAUUAUGAAGAGGAAGCGGUAUUACACAGUACAAAUGACCCUGUCGAAGUAACAGUUCAUGAUUCCACUACCAUUACCCAAGAUGAUUAUGUACCACACAUAUUGCACAAGGAUCAACAAGCUGAGCUUGACUGUUCUGUACAUUCAGAUAUUCUGGUAGAUUCUGCUGUUUUUUUUCAAGCACUGCUGCAAGAAGAUUCUAGUGCAAAUUAUGAAGAUGAAAGUGUAUCAUACAGUGCAAACGACCCUGUGGAAGCAACCCAAGAUGAUUAUGUACCUCAAGCAUUGAACAAGGAGGAACAAACCGGACUUCACUGUUCAGAACAUUCAGAUAUUCUGGUAGAUUCUGCUGUUUUUUUUGAAGCACUGCUGCUAGAAGAUUCUACUGCUAAUUAUGAAGAGCAAAUGGUAUCACACAGUGCAAACGGCCCUGUGGAAGCAACCGCACAUGGAGCUAGCAUUUCACAUGAAUCGAGCUCAGAUGUGCCUAGCUGUGCUGAUGUUCCAAAUAUGCCAGCUGGCACCAUGGUUGAGUCUGUUGAUACAGAGGACCUAAGGGAUGGCCAGGAGCACAUGGAAAACGACGAAAUUGUGCCCCCGUUCCCUCAGCGAAACAAUGCAUCAUUUCAGAAAAUGUUUAUGAGGAGCUUGUCGAGUAAACUCCGGUGGUCAAAGAAGCAGAUGAGUGCACAUCAGGCCAUACCUGUUGGAUCACAGGAUGUAGAAACCACUGGAUAUCAACUUCUUUCUUCAUCAGUCGAUCUGGAGCAUGACUGGGAGGUCUUGUAAAACUGCAAGAAGCUGCUCCAUGUCUCUGGUUCCAGGGGAAAGCAUAUGUACAUUACAAAUCUCCUUACUGAGGAUGUGUCUAGUUGCUGCAUAUAAUCUUAUAGAAGGAUGAGAACCUGAGGUGUUUGCAUCUCUAAGUCUCUACACAUCCACUGGCAUAACUGUAAAUCCUAUUUGAGGCUGUCUGUUCAAAUUUUCUCUUACUGUCCUGAAGUGCAUGCAGACAAAUACACACUUGAUUUUAAACCGUUUGAAAA